AUGUUACCUGCUGUUGUAAAACUCUGCUGCGGGAUCUCGUACCCGCAUCUGAGGAGCAUGGCAGGUCUGCGGCACACAGCGGUGGCAUUGCUAGGUCAGGAAAUGGCCCACUUGCAGCAGUGCGGACAGGUCCAGCAGCAAGAUUGGAUCCGCCAUAGCGGACCUCAUGCAGGCCCAACGUUCAAGGGGCCCAAAAGAGAGGAUGCGAGGGCUGUUUCACUGAAGGAAGAGGAGCUGCUCUAUGUGCAACAAGGCAGAGAAGCGAUGAGGAAGGCUCUGGGCAUCCUGGGGGACAAAGAUGGAUGGAAGACAGAAAUUGGAGAGGAAAACGGUGACGUGGUCUAUAGCAAAGUGGUGGCAGGGGCAUCAAAGGUCUUUAGACUGGAAGCUGUCUUGGAGGCCAGCGUGGAGGAGCUGUAUGACAUCCUGUUUGUCAGAGUGGAGGAAAUGCACCAGUGGAACCCAAGCAUCCAACAUAUAAAAGUUCUCAAGCACAUUGGACCUGAAACUAUUGUCACUCAUGAGGUGUCAGCAGAGACAGCAGGGAACCUGAUCGGCCAAAGGGACUUUCUGAGUGUGCGACACAGCUGCAAACACAAAUCCUGCAUAUAUCUGGUAGGGGCAGCGACCCAGCUGGAGGCGUUCCCACCUCAGAAAGGUUUUGUAAGAGCCAAGGAUGGCCCAACGUGCCUUAUAAUCGAGGCUCAGGAGGAGGACUGCAGCAGGAGCCGCUUCACGUGGCUCCUCAACAUGGAUGUAAAGGGCUGGGUGCCAAAGUCCAUUGUCAAUCAGGCUUUGCCCCGAGCACAGCUGGAUUUCACUAGAUACCUCCGCAGACAUCUGAGAGCCGGAGCCACCCGGGGCUGA